AGGAUGCUGGAGUCAGGGGUCAUGGAGUCUGUCGCCACUGUUUCAGAGGAAGGCCUGGGAGUCCAGACGCAGGAGAGUGGGAUUGGAGUCCCUGUGGGCCGCCCCGGAGAGGGUGAGGCGUAUAUAGGGAGGGCUGGCGCCCCGGCUCCCCACUGCGCUGCCCAGAGGCCCUGUCCUGCCCCGUUGCCGCCUCCGGUCCCCGCAGUGCCGAAGCAGAUCAUGGACGUCACCAUCCAGCACCCCUGGUUCAAGCGCGCGCUGGGACCCUUCUAUCCCAGCCGGCUGUUCGACCAGUUCUUCGGCGAGGGCCUCUUCGAGUAUGACCUGCUGCCCUUCCUGUCUUCCACCAUCAGCCCCUACUACCGCCAGUCCCUCUUCCGCACGGUGCUGGACUCAGGCAUCUCUGAGGUCCGAUCCGACAGGGACAAGUUUGUCAUCUUCCUGGACGUGAAGCACUUCUCUCCCGAGGACCUCACGGUGAAGGUGCUGGAGGACUUCGUGGAGAUCCACGGCAAGCACAACGAGAGGCAGGAUGACCACGGCUACAUUUCCCGUGAGUUCCACCGCCGCUACCGGCUGCCCUCCAACGUGGACCAGUCGGCCCUGUCCUGCUCCCUGUCCGCAGAUGGCAUGCUGACAUUCUCGGGCCCCAAGGUCCAGUCUGGCCUGGAUGCUGGCCACAGUGAGCGAGCCAUUCCUGUGUCCCGGGAGGAGAAGCCCAGCUCGGCCCCCUCGUCCUAAGCAGGCCUCGGCUCGGCUGCCCCCCUCAGCGCCUGACCCCUCAAGCUGGGGUACCACAGAAAAGGCGUCUGCCUUCCUUUCCUUCCCUUUUCUUCAUUCCCCUCCGUCUUCUCAGAGGGAAUGAGGGUUUGAGAGAGUGGCCCGGAGUUCGGAGCCGUGGCCUGCAGUGCCGUGACCUCGGGAUGUCCCAGGCCCAACACCGGCCAGCUGGGGUGUGGCUGCGUCACACACUUCUCUAGAUGGAGCCGUGUCCUUCCAGGGGACAGGGGCGAAUCAGCUCUGCUCGGGGGCGGGGGGGUGGCCAGCCCCGAGAGUGCCCUUGCCCCGCCCUCUGGAUGGAUCCGCACACUGGCGGCCCCCCAGCGACCCGGCCGCUUCCCUGUGGUGCCCUGGGUGCUGUGGGCCCCGCGCCCGGCUCUGGCAGCCUGCCUCUCUCAGCCCGUCUUCCUGCAACCUUCCUCUGUGUAAUCCACUCCUGGGGACUCCGGUCACCCAUGAGAACGCAGC